AUGUCGACCGUCACGACGACGACACUGAAGUCGUCCUACCCUCCGAUCCUUCCACCUGCGUUCACGGCCAACCAACCUCCAACGAUCCGACUCUACCCUCUUUCGAACUAUACCUUUGGCACAAAGGAGACGCAGCCAGAGGAAGAUCCGUCAGUGUCGGCGCGGCUGAAAAGACUGGAGGAACACUAUGAGAAAUAUGGCAUGCGUCGGACAUGUGAGGCCAUAUUGGUCUGCCACGAACACAAUCAUCCCCACGUGCUGAUGCUGCAGAUCGCCAACGCAUUCUUCAAACUACCCGGCGACUACCUACCCCACGACGCAGACGAAAUUGAAGGCUUCAAAAUUCGGUUGAAUGAGAGACUAGCACCGACAAAUCCCAAGGAAAGCGAUACCGAGUGGGAGAUCGGAGACUGUCUUGCACAAUGGUGGCGGCCGAACUUUGAGACGUUCCUCUAUCCAUUUCUUCCCGCCCAUGUCUCACGGCCAAAGGAGCUGAAGAAAUUGUAUCUCAUUCAUCUCCCACCCAACAAGGUGCUCAGCGUGCCGAAGAACAUGAAACUUCUGGCUGUGCCGUUGUUCGAGCUCUAUGAUAACAGUGCACGGUAUGGGCCCCAGUUGAGCGCGAUCCCGCAUUAUCUAUCGAAGUAUAGGUUCGAGUAUGUCGACGAGGAUGGGAACUUGAGCAGUGUUACACCAGGCGGGGGGCCGACACUGCCAGGGCCUCAGCUACCAAUGACCGGUUCGCGGGAUAGUGAGACGCAGGAUCCAGGACACGCGAGGCAGGAGGAGGAGGGACAGGACGACGAUGAGAUCAAAGUCGAGAAUGGACACUGA